AUGGUAUCUAGUCUACUGCCUCGACCGCCUCGAAAACCCCCACCCAGACUUCAUGGCCGCGAAAGAGCACGCAGAAACCAACUACGGCGGCAGCUGGAGUACUACCGAAUUGAUGUCCGCGACGACGCAGAAGUAAACAACGUGUUCGCUGAGAUCGCCGGCCAACACAAGCGCCUGGACGGUCUGAUCGCCGCAGCCGGAAUCAACCACCUCCAGAGCGCCCUCGAGCACUCCCAAACCGCCAUGAACGAAGUUAUGCAGAUUAACUACAACGGAGUGUUUAACUCCGCCACCGCCGCCGCCCGCCAGAUGUUCAACUACCAGCAGAAGGGCUCCAUCCUGCUCAUCGCUAGCAUGAGCGGCCUCAUCGCCAACAAGGGCAUGACCUCCCCUGUCUACAACUCCUCCAAGGCGGCUGUCAUUCAGCUGGCCCGUUCUCUCGCAAUGGAAUGGGGCCGUCACGGUAUCCGUGUGAACAGUCUGUGCCCCGGUCACAUCGUCACCCCUAUGGUCGAGCAGGUGUUCCAGCAGAACCCGGCUUCUCGGGCUAUCUGGGAGGCAGAGAACAUGCUUGGGCGAUUGGCGUACCCUGAGGAAUUCAGAGGCGCUGCGCUCUUCGCUCUCAGUGAUGCUAGCAGCUUCAUGACGGGGAGCACGAUGCUCAUUGAUGGUGGUCACACCGCGUGGUAA